AGAGCUGCACAUAACUGCACACAGCAGCUUUCUAAGCAGAGAGGGAUUCAUACACGCACUGUGUGCUCCCCCCGCCCACACACACACACAGACACACACACUCUGGGCUUCCAGGCAGACGGGCGGAGUCAAGACUCAGAAGGGCUGGACCGAUCUUCCCCUCUUACACAGAAUUACGAGCCAGCGUAUUGGUUUAGUGUGGUGGCUGGAAAAGUUGUCUGCUAGCUACUUUGGAAGAUGGUCUGAGUCUCUCUCUUCUUUUUCCCAAGGAGUCCCCUAGUCACCGAGCUCCCAGGACUCCAGCAGAGCGGAGGAGGAUGGAAGUCAUGGGCAGCCCAAAUCCCACCAUGUCUGCCAUUCCCAAGCACAUCCUGGACAUCUGGGUCAUUGUGUUGAUCAUCCUGGCCACCAUCCUGGUCAUGACAUCCAUGGUGCUGUGCCCAGCCACGGCUGUCAUCAUCUACAGGGUGCGGACUCACCCCAUACGCAACGGGGUCGUGUGAGAAGAGAGCCCGGGGCCGGGUGGCCUCCCUCAGACCAUGCUGAGAAAAGACAGUGGGCGAAGCAUGCAGCUCCCUGAGCUGACUCCAUGUGAGGCAACACUAUGGAGGGGUGGGGACCAACGUGUCAGCCAGGACAUCGCAGGAUGCACAGGCUGAUACUCCUGGGAACAAAACUCCCUGUGAGUCACCCAAAUGCACCCAAGGGAGCUGGGUUAGUCACCCACUCUGACUGGUGACAAAGCUUUUUCUGGACUCUGGAUGGGUGAGUCCCCCGCAGUGGGUGCAGUGGCUCAGAAUGCCCCUGUCUGGGCUUCACCUCAUGCGCUUCAAUCAAAAUGGCCCCCUUGUAUUUACCCGGCGAGCUACUCAGAAACAACAGGGAAGCAGGCCAGGCGCCGCAGAGGAAAUGUUCAACUUCUGAGAGCAAAGCUGUCGAAAUGGUUUCCAGAUGCAGUCGCUCUGGACGUUGAGCGACUGGCGCCGUGCCGCUCUCCCUCUCUGCAAGGGCAGGGGCUGGUGACCUCUGGCUCCUCACAGCUGGGAUCUCCCAUCUGCAUGUCCCAAGCUCCCCCAGGCACUGGAGAAGAACAAGGAAGGGAAGUGGGGUUCAGUGAAAGUAAUUUAUUUGGCAUGGGGGGGAGGGGAUCCAUGUAAGGUGGCAAAAACGGGGGAUGCAUUUGGCUUCUGUGUUUGCAAGGCCUUGGGACCGUAUCAGCAUCAUUAGCACAGUGAAGGGCCCUGUCAGUCUUGCUGUGUUGCAGGCAUAUGGUACCAGAAAUGUACUAGGUGUGGUUUCAGAGGAAGGCCCUUUGGCUGACAGGUCUUGGGAGUGACACAGCAUCAUCCCCAGGCAGCCAGUCACCCCCUUUCUGGGCUUGUCACCUUGUUUUGGUUUCUUAAUAUCUUUGUACUGAAAGGGCUAGAUUGGCGCCUGCUGAGCGGGUCCAGCCGGGAUCAGUCCCAGGUUGCAAUGUGCCUCCACCCUGCUCUAGAGAGGCCCCUAGUCCAGGGCUGCGGGGCCUGUCCAGUCUGGGUGGUCCGUUCAGCCCUUGACCUCUCUCCAGAGAUUGCCAACAGGGAGGCCGUUACUUUGGUGCUCUGUGUGACAGGGACACCCGGCCACUGGGAGCUGGACUCAUGGUACACAGACUCUCCCCAGCCGCCAGAGGGUAAAUCUGUGCUGGAUGUGAACCAGUGCUGAAGACACUCCCCACCCCACAUGUCCUUAACGAGCGCAACCCACGUAGUUCUCCUGCAGCCCCUCUGCUCUUCCUCGCCCCAAGAUGGGGAGGAAAUGGUUAACAAAACAGGAGAAUGCACAUUCCAAGUCAGCGCCCAGAGAGGAAGUGCAGUGAGGGGUGAAGAAGUGAGCCCCUCUUAGUACUCAGCAGCCAGUCUGGCUUGGGUGCACCCUCUGGAUAUAGAUUAUAGACUCAAAGCUAGAAGGCAGCACAGGGUUAUUUUAUGCUCACCUGUAAUGGGCAGCUGAGACUGCUUGGACAGAACAUUUCUAAACGGGGCCUAGGUAUGUGAAUGCAAAGGGAUGCACUAGGGCUAGCAGGGCAAUGCACUCCCCAGUCUCACUGGGAGAACCAGCUCACAAUCCACUUAAAGCACCACGGCAGUGAGUCUGCAAGCCUUGUUCUUGAGGGGGGUAUUUCUGUGCAAUGGAAAAGCUCUGUGUAGUAUGGUACAGUUGGCAGCCAGUGCCCAGGAGAGGGAGGCCAAGGACUGGGAAAACUCAAGACAGGAGUACUUUGGCCCUACUAUGUGUUGGACCCAGGCAUGGAACAGCAGGGACACUCCCAGGAGUUCGUGAGCUGCUUCCGAAGACUGGAAUAAUGGGGGAAGGGGAAGGGACCGUUGUUGCAGCUUGGGACUAUGUGUGGAAAGGCUGCCCAGAAUCUGGCUGUGCUGUACCUAGCUGCAGCUAUUGCUCACCGGCUGUUGCUUUCCCAGACACUAAAACUCAAAACUUAGGCUGCCAAAUUUGCACCUUUUGAGGUACAAGAAAAA